CACACACACACACUACGAUUACCAUACGUGUCUGUUGGCCACUGUCAACAUCACUUUAAUCACCUGGCUGCUGCCAGCGUCCGCAUCUUCUUCUCACAUACCACUCAGACAGCUGCUCUCGCUGGGCUAGCUUCCCACGAUGCCUUCAAACCAACCUACCGCCGGCCAUUUGGCUGUUGACCCUCAAUAUCUAUCCUCUCAGCCCUCCUCCAUGGCUUCCACGAACGAGCCUAACCGCAACAAAUCAUACGACCCCAAGAAGGUUCACAUCACAGACACUCCAAUGACGAGAUCGAAUUGGUACAAACAUGUGAACUGGCUAAACGUCACCUUCAUCAUUGGUGUCCCUCUGGCCGGUUGUGUUGCUGCUUUCUGGACGCCUUUGCAAUGGAAGACUGCUGCGUGGGCGGUCCUUUACUACUUCUGGACUGGUUUGGGAAUUACUGCUGGCUACCAUCGUCUGUGGGCACACAAGUCGUACAGUGCCAGACUUCCUCUCAAGAUUUUCCUCGCCGCUGUCGGUGGCGGUGCUGUUGAAGGCUCAAUCAGGUGGUGGAGUCGUGACCACCGCGCUCACCACCGCUACACCGACACCUCCAAGGAUCCCUACUCAGUCCGCAAAGGUCUCAUGUAUAGCCAUCUUGGUUGGAUGGUCAUGAAGCAGAACCCAAAGCGUAUCGGCCGUACCGACAUCUCUGAUCUCAACGAGGAUGCUGUUGUUGUUUGGCAACACAAGAACUACUUGAAGGUUGUUAUCUUCAUGGGCUUGAUCUUCCCCAUGAUGGUUUCUGGCCUGGGCUGGGGUGACUGGCUCGGCGGCUUCAUCUAUGCCGGUAUCCUCCGUAUCUUUUUCGUUCAGCAAGCCACAUUCUGUGUAAACUCGCUUGCCCACUGGCUCGGCGACCAGCCCUUUGACGACCGAAACUCACCCCGCGACCACCUAAUCACCGCUCUUGUAACUCUCGGAGAGGGAUACCACAACUUCCACCACGAGUUCCCGAGUGACUACCGGAACGCGAUUGAGUGGCACCAGUAUGAUCCUACCAAGUGGUCCAUCCGGAUGUGGAAGUCCCUUGGCCUCGCGUACGACCUGAAGCAAUUCCGCUCAAACGAGAUUGAAAAGGGCCGCGUUCAGCAACUGCAGAAGAAGCUCGACCAGAAGCGCGCUAAGCUUGACUGGGGUGUACCACUCGAGCAACUCCCGGUUCUCGAAUGGGAUGACUACGUCGACCAGGCUAAGAACGGCCGUGCUCUCAUUGCUGUAGCUGGCAUUGUUCACGAUCUCACCGAUUUUAUCAAGGAGCACCCUGGUGGCAAGGCUCUCAUCACAUCUGGUAUCGGCAAAGAUGCCACUGCCAUGUUCAACGGUGGUGUCUAUCUCCACUCCAACGGCGCACACAAUCUCCUCAGCACAAUGCGUGUCGGUAUCAUCCGCGGUGGUUGCGAAGUCGAGAUAUGGAAGCGUGCCCAGCGCGAGAACAAAGACGUCCAAUAUAUCAAGGACGAUGCUGGCAACCGCAUCAUUCGCGCUGGCAAUCAAGUAACGAAGGUUCAACAGCCCGUCGUUAGUGCCGGUGCUGCAUGAGUUGUCUUUCUGCAUACAUGAUAAAAUGACUUUGUUCUGGGUUUGGAGCGUGUUGCUUGCCACGGCGUUUUCUGGGAGAGCAGAUGUAUAAACUUUUUUACAGGAUGAAGGCUGUCGUUCACAUUGCUUGUGUGCACACAUGAGUGACACUUGACACACACUACAUGGUAGUAUAGACAAGCCAAUCAAAGGCAACGAAAUCAAAUCACAAUUGUUUGAACUUGUUCACCCUUGCAGUGAUAUUCGAGCCUGGACCGUGUGCAGUCUUGACUGAGCUGGUCUCUAGUGUUGUAGAGGUCAUCUUAUUCAUGGCUAUCUCAGGUAUUGUGUGUUA